AUGUGGGAAUGCAAUGGGGAAAAUCAAAGAGCUAUUCCCACUCCAGCAUCAGGCACUAAGCUGGUUCUGAAAAGGUCUGAACAAAACUCAAGUACUGGUAUUCUAAAGUCCAUAGCAGGGACAAACUUUUGGAAAGACGAAGGCAUUCUUGGUUACAUUAUAUUUACAGCUCUGUCUCUGUUGACUUUGUCCUAUAUCUUGGUGGCCAGUGGGACAAAAUGUGUGCAGCAUAGCGGUCACCUUCAGCCCCGGGGCGGUGUGCCCCUGGACCAGAGGCUGGGGAAGGGGCGGAGCGUCACGCUCAGCCCUGUAAUGCCUGGCAGCCCCUCCGGCUGCUCGGCACACCCAGAGGCAGCGGAGGCAGCUGAGGCGAGGCUGUCCACGGCUGUCUGUCCUGCGCUGCUGGAGAAGGCUGUGGUGUUUCUGCAGUGUUCAGCAAUGGCUGAGAGCUCAGCUGCAACAGCGACAGUGACGGCAGCACCAACCGUGCUAGAUGAGCUCCUGGAGAUCACAGCUCAGAGCCUGGUGCGCACCGAGGUGGCUGAGCACUAUGAGGUUAUACGGGAGCUGGGCAGGGGCAAGUAUGGCCAUGUGGUGCUAGUGACCCACAGGCAGAGAGGGACACCAAUGGCUCUCAAAUUGCUGCCCAAAGCUAGUACCAAGCUGCACACCUUCCUCUAUGAGUACUGCGUGGCACUCUCCCUUGCCACCCACCCUGCUAUAAUUAGCAUGUUUGGAAUUGCAAUUGAAUCCAGCCAGUACUAUGGUUUCCUCUAUGAACCAGCGCUGCACAAAGACCUCAUCUCUAUCAUCAAACCCCGGGAUGGGAUCCCUGAACCGGCUGCCAAGCAGUGUGCCAAGCAGCUUGUGAGUGCACUGGAGUUCAUCCACAGCCGGGGGCUCGUGUACCGUGAUGUCAAGCCUGAGAACGUACUGCUCUUUGAUCCUGAGUGCCGGCGCAUCAAACUGACUGACUUCGGGCUUACACGGCCCAAGGGUACCAAGCUCAAGCUGGUAGCUGGGGUAAUCCCCUACACCGCCCCUGAGCUGAGCAACACCGCUGAUGCCCAGGGAGUGCCCAUAGACACCAGCUUGGAUGCCUGGGCCUUUGGCGUGCUGCUGUUCUGCCUGCUGACUGGCUACUUCCCCUGGGAGCAAAGCCUGCCCGACGACCCUUUCUUUGAGGACUUCAUGCUCUGGCAGGAGACGGGCCUGGAGGAGAACCUGCCUCGCCACUGGAAACGCCUGACUGCGGAGGCUGCCCUCAUGUUGCGGAGCCUGCUGGCCCUAGAUCCUGCCAAGCGUGGCCCUGUUGGCGGCGCUCUGCGCUACGUUGAUUGCCCCUGGCGGCUGGAGGAUGGGUGCAGUGAGGGGGCUGCUGUGAAGCCCUAA